AUGGAAGAACGAAAAGAUGCCGAGUGCACCUCCAACGUUUCGCAUGCCCUGCACGGUGCCGGGGUGACAAUUCUGUCGAUGAAGCACGUCACUACAGAGGAUGCCGGUCUGUCGUUGUCGAGCACACUCGACGCCCACGCCUUCGAACUGUCGAGGCUUGACAUCCUGUGCUUUGUUCCCUCUCUUCAGUCGCCCGAAAUGAUACAGGUGGUGUUCGGCGUGAAGCGAACUGACCUUCUCUCGGAAAACUGCACUCAGCUGGACACUUAUGCCCAGUGGAACGACAAGACGGGAUUCGAUAGGCCUGUGUCGCAGCUAGAGCUGUCGCCCAUCGUACGAAAUUAUUGGCGAAAGCAGCUGCUAGUCGGAUACGUAGAGUACUCCCCCUUCUCGGUUUCAAGACGGCAGAAGCCGAACGGCACACUCGUUUAUGAAGGCGUGGACUUCUCGCUCAUCUCCAACCUUGCCCGUGCCUUCAACAUGAGCCUUGUUCCGGUACGCGACCCGGAAGCCACGUGGGGCGCAAAGAGACACGGACGUUGGACUGGAAUUGCAGGAAUGGUAUCCAGAAGAGAAGUGGACCUGGCGGUGAGUGCCUCGUUCCAGACUCCGUACCGCGAGGGAGUGCUGGACUACACGCACUACUAUUACAUCCAAGUGGUCAAGUUCAUCGUGCGGGCACCGGCAGAGAAGCCGCGAGCCCUCGUCAUCGUCAGGCCUUUCGCCGUCGAGGUGUGGCUCGGUGUGCUGGUUGCCUACCUGGUGUCCUUGGCGCUGCUCUUGGUCGUGAUGCGCUUCGAACGCCGCCAUGAUCGAACCGGGAAACUAAGCUUCUUGCCGACCGGGGACGUUGCUCUGUCCCUCUACUUGGGAGUCAUUUGGCAAGGCUGCGACUGGCGCUUCUCGGCCAGCCCGAAGCGACGCCUGGUUGCCGCCGGUUGGUGGCUGUUGUGCACCGUCAUCUCGUGCGCCUACUGCAGCUUGCUCAUCUCGUUCAUGAGCCACCCGGGCAUGGAACAGGCGCUGGACACGCUGCCCAGGCUGCGCCGGGAGCUACUGAAAGGCCGCAUGUUCGUCGGCACUACGCGUCACACAGAGAUGGAGCUCGCAUUCACCAGCGCCAAGGCGGGCAUCAUGCGCGACAUCGGACGUCAGAUGCUGGAGCAUCCCCAGCAGACCCUGGUGGCGACUGACCGCGAGGGUUACCGCCGCUGCCUGAACUCCCGGUACGCCUACAUGUUCCCGGAGACGGUGCUCAAGGUCGAGGAGGCCCGCACCGACGGCCGCCUGCUGGUCUCCCGCGACGCCUUCUACCACGCAAUGGCCGUGUACACCUUCCCCAAGGGGUCGCCGCAUGUGGCCACCUUCAGCUACGGAAUGAAGAAUUACAUGUUCAUGGGCCUCGUCGAAAAGUGGUUGAACGACUUCUUGUGGCAGCUCCGCAUGAACACCAAGCGUGAUGAAGCCGAAGGAAACGCAGAGAGGCCAAUCAGCGUCGUCGAUCUCCAGGGAGCAUUCUUUAUCGUUGUCAUGGGAUACACCGGCGGCCUGCUAGCGCUGCUGACUGAGUCAUGCUGCGCGUUUCUUACCAGGCUGUUCACUUCGACCAUCAAACCGUACUAUUCGCGAAGUCGUUCCGAGAUCACGGGCUAAGAAAACGAUGAGCCAUUGAGA